AUGAGAACAACCUUGAUUGUCAAAACUCAGCUGCAUAAAUCAGUUCGACCUGGAAGGACUCCUGCACUCGCUAAUGUUCACUCUAACUAUUCACAAGAUGCGCUCCCGAGAUGUCUACCAUGUCGAAACCUACUUGACAAUUCUUCUCGUCAGUUGGUCUUCCGUCUACGUGGUUGUGAUGUUCCGUCCACUCGAUCCGCGAAAAAUAACGCAAUAUUGACCGUUCUCAAUGCUCGUUUGUACACCAUACCAACACAUCCAGCAAACCGAUCCACAAAGCUCUCAGUAAAGUCAAUGCUGGUUAAAAUGGUCGCUUGUGCCCACUCAAAGUAG